AUGGCUCCCGUGAAGGCCACAGCAGCCUCUGUGCCUCCACGGCCCAGCCAAAUCCAAGGUUGGACCGAAGAGCAAUGGCUCAUGAAGGCUCAAGAACUGCUCAAGACCUAUGGCAUUGACACGCGGCAGCCCACGCUUUCUGCGAAGGAGGAGUUUCGAAGUACUGAGGCACCAAUUCCUCCUCCAAACGCCAUUUUCUCCACGGGUCCAGGCCUGAAAAGCAACAAGCUGAUGCAGAAGCUGGACGAACAUGGUCUCGAAUAUCUGCAAGAUUGGUAUACGCCCCUGGACCGCGUGCACAAGGUUCGGGAUUUGGCCAUGUGCCGCGCUUCAGUGGAAGCGCCCGUCGCUGUGAGCGGACUUCUGGGUGUGCCCGGACAUUCCUACGUGGUUCCCCGUGCUUCUUUGUCCAGAGCUGCUAGCGAGGAGAGAAGAAGAACGAAGCCUAGCCGAAGGUGA